AUGGCUCCUGGGAGAUCAAGUUCUCUGAACGGGAGCGAAAUCAGCCCUUGUACUACCGAUGUCGAGGCUCAGGCAGGUGGUGAAGCUUUCAGGCUGGAGCCAUUUCCGUCUGCGUCGCCUACUUCCACCAGAAACGCUCCCGGUCUUGAGCCUCAAAGCAGUGUUAGAAGGCGCAGUCGGCGCUCUACCACCGCGCGCCCUUAUUAUCCAGAGAUACACUCGCCAAAUUGGCAUCCAGGUGAAGAGCCUGGAAUUGACCCUACGGAUCCAAGCCUUCCCACAUCAUUUGCAGACGAGGGAACCUUGUUGCAAGCCCAAUUGUACCAACAGUGUGAUAUCACAGUGGUGGACUUUUCUCACGAUGCAAUGCGUAUGUAUCAUUUGGAUAACGCAACAUUGGUGCCUUUUUUGGAGAGGGAGAGAGAGCCAUGGGUACAGUGCCGCUGGAUCAAUGUCAACGGAUUGAGCUGGGACGUCGUUAGGCUGUUGGCGAACCACAAACACCUUCACAGGCUAGCGGUGGAGGAUCUUAUGCAUUCCGUAAACCGAACGAAAGUCGAUUGGUUCUCCGACCAUACUUUUAUUGUUCUUGCAAUGCAAAAGUUGAUCAAGCAUACCAGCCCCGAAGACUCCGAAGCAGAGAGCGAGUCUGAAGAUGAAGAGACAAUACAUGAAACGGAUGACUCAAAACCGCCCAGUCACCACUCAAAAAAGAAAAACCGAGGGGUGAUAAUGACGGCAUUGAUGGAUCUGUUUGUGCCAAAAUACCAGCAGAGACGCCCAAGGCUUAAUGGUACAAAGAGGCCUCCUACGGGUUCCCACCAGGAAGUACCCGUCAAUCCAACUCGAGCCAUUCGAUCUUUACAGCGCUUUAGAGGAGGACCUAAUGAGGACCGUAUAGAUUUCAUGGAGCGUCAUGCUGUCCUAGGACCUAAAGGUCUUAGUGUUGGUAUCGAGCAAGUUUCUCUUUUCCUCCAUUCAGAUAACUCCGUGACAUCCUUCUUCGAGGCGAGCGCCGACGAUAUCGAAACUCCGAUCAUCCAACGGCUAAGGUCUCCUGGAACUAUCCUACGACAAAGUUGUGAUGCAAGUAUGGUAUUACAGGCUAUUAUCGACGCUAUCACUGAUCUUGCCAUUCCGGUCACAAUGGCUUACCAAGACGCAAUGGGAGACCUCGAAGUUCAAGUUCUUACCGAUCCGAAUAUCAAGCAGUCGAGCAGCCUGUAUAUACUUACCUUCGAAAUAUCCGUUUUGCGAAACGCCAUCCAGCCAAUUAUUGGAGUUAUCAAUUCUCUAAGGGAUCAUAAGCCGGAUCCGAACAGCCGCCCUCAACUAGGGGUCAAAAUAGGACUGCCCGCAUGCUCGCAUACCAAUGGCUCUGGUUCUGGGUCUGGAUCCCGAGUUGCCUCGAACCAGGAAACCGAAGGAGUUAGAAUGCCUUCAACCGUUAACAUAAGCCCUAUGUGUCAAACUUACCUAGGUGAUGUCCUAGAUCAUUGUAUCACUAUAAAUGAGGGCUAUGACCAAAUGCGGCGCUCAGCAGAUAAUAUGAUUGACCUGAUAUUCAACACCAUUGGUAAGCUUAAACACCAGCCAGAAAAUGUUCAGCCAGGUUUACAGGCACUAAUUUCUUCACCACAGGGGCUUAUCAGAACGAAAGUAUAA